AUGUAUGACCAGAUUCGCUCCACAACGCUUUAUGCGUCAUCCCUGUUAGGAGACGUUCAAAUUCUGCGUAUAUUUUCAUUCAGCCUCCUAUUGGUAUUCGGCGGAUGGUGGAUUCGGUCUCUAUCCGUCCAACUUGACCCUCGCGAGCCUCCAGCGCUUAAUCCUAAGAUUCCAAUUGUAGGGCAUGUCUGGGGAUUAAUGAGGCAUGCCCAUGGCUACAUCAACUCACUCCACCGCCAGUCGGGUCUAUCAAUAUAUACGCUUCCCCUGCUUCACCGAAAAGUAUACGUUAUCAACUCUCCGACGCUGGUACAAGCAGCAUUCGCGAACAGAAGACUCAGUUUCAUGCCGUUUGUUGUCGACUUCGUCAAGCGCAUGGAUGAGCUUUCACCUUCUGCCAGGGGAAUCUAUGCUGAAAUACACCCCCAAGUUAUGCAGAGUAUUUCAACACACAUGACAGGGAAACAACUGAAGCGGAAGAAUUCGGUGCAGUUGAAAGAGUUCUUCCCAUAUUUACCUGAGGAUGGCGUUGCACUGGAAGUAGACAAUCUCUGGUUCUGGCUGAGGGACAUAUUAACUGUAGGAACGACGAGUAUGCUCUUUGGUCCAAAGGAUAACCCUUGGAAGAAACAUCCUUCUCUUGUCAAGGCGUACUGGAACUUCGAGGCCGGUGACCCCUCCCGACGCUUUAAUCUUACAGCUGUUGGCAAUCGGCGAACGUCAAUGUAUCACGCGACUAUGCAUGCCGCCCUAAUUAAAUACUUUGCGACAUGUUAUGAUUCUUCAAUUGCCUCGGAGGAUAAUGGUGUCGCCGAGAUGAUACGUGACGCAGUGGCGUUGCAGCGCAGAAGUGGCUUCAACGUCCAGGAUGUGGCCGCGUCCCAACUCGCUAUAGUCCACGGAUCUAUCGUUAGCACGGUUCCAACAGCUUUCUGGGCAAUAGCUUAUGCCUUCAGUCAACCUGAACUUCUAGCUAAGCUUAGAGAAGACGCUCUCGCUGCAGUCACCUUUGAGGAUAUUGAGGGUACGGGCAUGCGUCGGGCAAUUGUGUUGAAUGACCAAAUUGAUGUUGUUUGUCCGUUGCUAGUGGCCACCUUACAUGAAACUCAGCGGUUAGUCAGUAUUGGUCUGUUACAUCGUCGCGUCCUUGAGGAUACGCAAGUCUCGGAAGGUGCGGGAGAAGCCAAGAGGACCUAUCUUCUUAAGAAGGGCACAGCUAUCUUUCUUGCUUCGGGACCUAGUCAUCGCAAUGAGCAAAUAUGGGGAGAGACAUCGGAUGAAUUCCGGCUUGAUCGGCUUCAGGAGAGCGCGGUUGAUCGGGCUUAUCAGAAUGGUCAAGAAAAGGCCAGGCAGGUUGUACGGUCACGUAAUAAGGCAUAUUUCCCGUUCGGGGGCGGUAAGGAGUUAUGCCCCGGUCGUAAUUUCGCAGCUUCUGAGGCGUUGAGCACACUUUUGGUAAUGGUAUUAGGGUUUGAUAUGUUCACACCGGAUGGAACACCAUUAAAGAUUCCACCUUUUAGCCCCCCUAAAAUGACGGCGUCAGUUGCAAGACCCCAUAAGAACGCUGAUUUAAGGGCUAACAUAAAGAGAAGGAAUAUUGUUUUCCUCGAAACAAGCAAACAAGCUAAUUACCUCUUUAUAUGA